GAAACCUCCAGCCCAGCACAGUGGACAAAGAGUCCACGCCUUCUUUAUCCCGCUGCUGUAUAUCCCCAACCCCCCCACUUCUGCCAACACUCACACUGAUACCUGACAAGGAUUUCCCAUGGCAUCUGUUUCUAUUUCUACACUCUCUGCCCUUCUUCUUUUUCUGCUCCACUUCCUGACAGUAUCCCCUGCCACACAAGAUGACCUUAUAAUCAAUACCAAGCAUGGGAAAGUUCAAGGGAAGUUGCUUUCUGUACUGGGUGGCAACAUAAGGGCAUUUCUAGGGAUUCCUUAUGGAAAACCACCGCUAGGGAAACUGCGAUUCCGAUCUCCAGAGCCCGCAGAGCAAUGGACCAUUGUGCGGGAUGCCACGAAAUUACCAAAUUCCUGCUACCAGUUGCCAGAUACAUACUAUCCAGGGUUCAAGGGCACAGAGAUGUGGAACCCAAACACUCCCCUUAGUGAAGACUGUCUGUACCUAAAUGUUUGGACCCCUCAGUUCAACAAAACCCAGCCACAGCCCCCACCUUUGGCCCCCGUCCUUGUCUGGAUUUAUGGGGGCGGGUUCACCGUUGGAACAUCAACUCUGGACAUUUACGAUGGGCGUUUUCUGAGCAAAUCUGAAGGCGCCGUUGUGGUAUCGAUGAAUUAUAGAGUCGGAGCUUUUGGCUUUCUUUCUCUUCCUGACAACAAAAAUAUCCGUGGAAAUGCAGGCCUGCUGGACCAGCGCUUGGCCCUGCAGUGGGUCGCUGAUAACAUUGCUGCCUUUGGAGGGGACCCAUCAAAGGUGACUCUGUUUGGGGAAAGUGCAGGUUCAGCAUCUGUGGGCUUCCACCUGCUCUCUCCAGGCAGUAAAGAUCUUUUUCAAAGGGCUGUGAUGCAGAGCGGCUCCCCUAAUGCACCCUGGGCCUCAGUCAGCCAGGAGACGGCCUGGGAUCGGUCCACAACUCUGGUGAAGAAACUGGGGUGUCCCACGUCCCCUGCAGCUGCUUUAGAAGUUUGUCUAGAGAAGGCUGAUCCUGAGGAAAUCUCAUCCAAGCAAUAUGAAGUUCUCACAAAGCCUUCAAUUAUAAGCCUUCCCUUUGCGCCUCAUGUUGAUGGGAACUUCCUACCAGACACAAUAGAAGCGCUGUUGCAAACCACUAAACCCAAAAAGGACGUGCUAUUAGGCUUAAACAAAGAUGAAGGGACGUAUUUUCUACUUUACGGAAUGCCUGGAUUUAACCUUUCUGGCCUGAGUCUAAUUACAAGAAAAGAAUACCUACAAGGAAUACCCCUUGCGAUGGCUGACGCCAGUGAGGUCACCAGACAAGCUGGCAUUUUCCAGUACACAGACUGGGCAGAUGAGAAUAAUAGGAUGAAAAACCGGGACUUGAUGGGUAGUCUGGUUGGAGACCAGUUUUUUGUUUGUCCACUGCUUGAGUUUGUCGACAGGUACUCACAACAUGGUGGUAAAGCCUUCCUAUAUUUAUUUGACCACCGAUCUUCUGUCAACCCUUGGCCGGCGUGGAUGGGCGUUAUGCACGGCUAUGAGAUAGAAUUCGUCUUUGGGAUGCCGCUCAAUGUCUCCCUUGGGUACACAAAGAAUGAAGUGAACAUGACCAAGAAGUUCAUGAAACACUGGGUCAACUUUGCCACUACAGGGAACCCAGGUCUUGAUGGAGCUAAGUGGCCCGUCUUCAUGCCUGAACAACAGGAGUACGUUACUCUCAACUACAACCACCCGGAACAAAAGAGGAUGUGGAGAGCUACAGAGUGUCGUUUCUGGAACAAAUUAAUACCACAAGUACAGAGAGUUUCAGAUGACUUGCAGACCUGUGUUGCUGCGAAUGGGAUUAAACUACACUGUAAUUACAUGUUCUUCCUAAUUGUACUGGUAAUAACUUUAAUCAUUUAAUAAUGAGAAGAGAAACAUUUUUCGUAAAGCAGAGAUUUUUAAAGUACACUAUAGGAAAAAAAAAGAAAUAAACAUGACAUUUGUUGCUAGUGCAGUAGUUAUCUGAAAUCAGAUGAAAAGAGGCAAACGAUUAUCCUUUGGUUACUAUGGUAAACCUUUUAUGUGAUUAUUAGCUUGUUCAGAUUUGCAAAGAAACAUAUUUUUUAUUACAAAAAAUAAUGGUCCAAAAUGACAGCUACAUUUUUUAUAUACUUAGUUUCUUGUCUUGUUUCAUUUGGGGAAACAAAAAUCAUUCAAAUACACUAGUGGCAUCAAAGAUGAUGAAGGUGAAGUGAUUUUAAGCAUUUUCUUCUUGCCACUAUUUUAAUAAUCAAAUACACACAAAUAAAAAUGUUUGUCUUUCUUUAAAAUCAUGCAAAUUGUGUUCAGAGUUCCACUUGAAUGGACAAUAAUAGUCGUUUGUACAAACAUAUUGUGUAUUAUAUUGACCAUUAAAUUCUAACUAUAAAGCUGAUGUACAGAGUGUUCCUUUAUAUAAAUAAAUGCAUA